AUGACUGACUCAACUUCAACACAUUAUACAUUUUCACCAAAACACGCUCCACGCGAGACCACUUUGCCAGUUAGUCAAGAAAAACUGGAGACAGAACAAACCCAGAAAAGAUUUUUCUGUAAGGAUGCUGUUCUUCCAUCUUACUGUCAAAAGAUUAUCGCAGAGCUUCUAGGGACGUAUAUCUUGAUUUUCACAGGGUGUGGGGCAGCGCUUGUUGAUAGAGAUCGGUCUUUAACAAUCUUGGGGAUUGCAAUGGUGUGGGGUUUAUGUCUAAUGGCUCUGAUAUAUACACUUGGACAUAUUUCUGGUGCCCAUUUCAACCCUGCAGUUUCUAUUGCUUUUGCUGUUACCAAGAGAUUGCCUCUGAUACAUGUGCCAAUGUAUGUGGUUUCUCAAAUUUUAGGUUCUACACUAGCGUGUCUCACUUUGAAAGUUCUGUUCAAUCACCAAAACGACAUUCUGCCAACUCUAACAGGUUAUUCAAAUCCGACAACUGAUCUAGAAGCUUUCUUGUGGGAAUUCAUUAUCACUUUCAUCUUGAUGUUCACCAUUAGUGGUGCUGCAACCGAUGAUAGAUCAAGCAAGGAGCUUGCAGGGGUGGCAAUUGGAGUGACAUUGAUGUUCAAUGUUAUUAUUGCAGGGCCAAUUACUGGAGCUUCCAUGAACCCUGCAAGAAGUAUAGGCCCUGCGGUUGUGGCUAACGAAUACAAAGACAUAUGGAUUUUUUUAGUGGCCCCCGUUAUUGGAGCUGCAACUGCAACCAUCGUAUACAGUCUUCUCAGACGACAAAAGCAAGAGCUACAAGAUAUUGAGAUCGAUGGAACCAAAAGCAUAAUUUAUAACAGCAUGUACUCACACUCAAUGGCAUGA